AUGGCAACAACCCCCAACCUUCACCAAACCCUCCAUCUCACCCUCAAAACCUUCCUCCUCGGCCCCAUCGAAGCAACAACGCAGAAAAACCCCUCCCUCCUCUCUUCCGUCCUCUCCCCCGACUGCCUCCGCUACAUCGCCCCCGCAUCUUUCCUCGCUAGCAUAGGCGCACCGCCAGACGUUGCCUUUGACGUGGCGACAUGGGAGGCUCAAUACACGAGUGAAUCCCGGUUCAUCGGGACCAAAUCGGUAGAUAUCACGCAUUUGGUUGUCGACGCAGAGACAAUGACUGGGGCCGCGAGGACGGUGUACGUUGACAAUUUGCACCUGGCGAAUGGGGAGAACGAGGAGGUAAAGCUGGAUGUCUCGUGGUUUGUGAAGUUUAAUGAGAACGGGGAGAAUAUUACGGAGGUGACGGGGAUUUUGGAUGGGUUGGUUUUUGUGGAGGUGCAUAGGAGGAUUCGGGAGUUGAAGGAGGAGGGCAAGGGUAAGGCUGGUGCCUAG